CAUGCUUCGCCCGCAUGCAUUGAUUCCUGAAAUGAGAUUGCCAGGAUGGCACUACAACGAUACCUACAAUAAUACCUUGUUUGCUAUAUCGUCACGCUCCUGAUAAGGCAGACGCAAACCUUCUAAAAGAGAGGACGGGGCGAAAAGGGGUAAACGUGAAGCUGAACGCAGGAAAAUAGUAUGUCGAGCUAGGAUUAGGUAGCUCCGGGUAGCACCUUCCAGCAGCUGGCCAGAACCGAGGCACUGGAAUCGGCUACUACGCAGUGCUCAUACGACCUGUACGCAGCACCGCAUCCAAAAUCGCCCCAGUGAAGGAUCGAGGUAUAGGUGCCAGUGAUUGCCCUGAUUAUUAGUGCAUAACCUGGUGAUGCUCUUCGUUCCAAUUCUGAAAGAGGACAGUCGUGCGGCACGCCAUGGACACGAUCCCGACGGGAUGUGAGGCUGAAUUCGUCGGCGAGGGUGCUGCCAAUUUGGUCUUCAAGAUCACCCCACCAAACAACUCAUCGAGCCCGGCUUUUUCAGAAGGAAAACUCCUCCGGGUGCCCAAAGCCGGCACUAGAGCAUAUCCCUACCCGGAGCUUCAAGAGUACUGGGAGAACACCGUCAAGCCCCUGUUCAAGGGUGACGACCUAGUCCAGCAGUCUCUCGUCAGGCUCACGGGGAGCGGCAUCGUGCCCAAGCUCAACGCUCUCCUAUCUGAGAAUGAAGCGAACCGACGGGAAGACUUCAGGGGCCACAGGGUCGCCGACGCCGAGUUCGGCAUGCUUGUGGAGAACAUGAGGAAGAUCCGCCCCGGAGACAUCGUCCUUGAGUUCAAGCCCAAGUGGCUCGCGCAGUCGCCCAGUGCGCCGCCAACUUCGCGACGGUGCCGCAACUGCGCCCUCGUGGCCUACCGCAGCCACAGCAGCAGCAGCAAUAACAACGACGACGCGCACGGCACGUCCAAGGCGGCCCUGUGCCCCCUCGACCUCGCCCGGUGCCACGACGACACCGCAGUGCUGCGCCAGGUGCUGGGGCACAUGAUGAGCCUCAUCGGGGGCAGGAACGCCGCCGCCCUGCCGGAGCCGCAGCUGGGCCGCUUCGCCGAAUGGCUUGAGACCAACGGACUGAUUGAGAGGCUGCGCGCCGCGCAGGUCCGGAAUGAUCCCGGCGGGCCCCUGGGAUCCAGCGCGCAUGAUUCCCGGUUCCAGCUGGCCAUGACGCUGAGGGACUGCGCCUGCUUCAUCCGGAUCCCUGCGGACGCGGGCGCACCGGUCGAGGUGAGGUUGGGGGAUAUGGACAGGAAGAACUCGGAGGCCAAGCUGGGGUACUGGCAGUCCAUGGAGCGGAGGCUCAUCGACGGGGGGUAUUACGAGGGGAGGGAAGAGCCGGCGCAGAGGACUGCCUGUCAGUUGGAGCGGGAGUAGGUGGCCUACCAAGGCGACGGUGUAAUGGUUGCUCUUUUAGAAGGAGAGCAAAGCUUGAAACAUUAUUCAUAUCUAGCUGAGGCUCGUUGUGACUCUCAAUAAUCAUAUUCACGCCUGGCCUUCCCCAACACCGCUG